AUGGAUCCUCGAACAGCUCCUGCGCAAAGAUCGAUAUGGGGCGCUUUGAAAGAAGCACAGUUCCAGCAGAAUAUCGCUGAACUGUGGAAAAUCACCCAUGGACGGCCCAAGGAUCCCCAAACGUAUCCUCUAGCUACAGAAAGUACCUCUAGAGACGACGUUGUUCCAAUUACAGUAGAGCUUCAGCUCGCCAAGGGCAUUGCAUUCAUCUCCGCGGCCAAAAAGGGCGUGGAAUCCGUUGCGGCGGUGGCGAUAGAGCAACCUCAGAACCCAUCUCAAGGAUUCCGACUGAAUUUGGCGACCAACGAAGAGAUUCGGCCGGGAGUCAAGGAUAGGAUGGACGAGGUAGCCGCGAUCUUGCGAGAAACGGCCCGAGAAGAGAAGACUAGAGAUCAAUGCAAAGAUGGCAUUCUGGAGUCGAUUGUACGCUUGAACCAGGCCCGGAUUGACGACCGUCUCAAGAGCAAGCGCUCGCGGUAUAUCGUCCGAGACGGGUUGCUGGGUAUAUUGACGAAAGCGGCCUCGCAUUCGGGCCAUCGCGAAACUCUGUCUAGUCGACUUCAAACCCUGUGCACCUCUCUAGGAGACUAUUGUAAUCGGGCCAAGGGACGAAAGACGCUCGAGGAUGUCAAGAGACUCGUGGUUGCAUGUUAUGGCUUCUUCGAAGCGACAUCAGAUGGGGAGAAUGUGACGAACAUGCUCCGUCAGGUUGGCGUCGACGUCGACGGGUCACGAGGAAAUCCACACCUUCGACAGAUUGGGAAGAUUGCCAGCUACUGUCACAUCGCGGAGACGUUGAGUACGAUCGCCUCACACCAAGAAUAUCGACGCUUCUGUGUCAAUCUCAGUAUCCGCUAUGUACGUGCGUAUAGAACUGUUCCAUCGCCCAUCCCCGCAGUCGACGGGGGGAGUCGGGAUUGUCACGUGCAUGCCGAAGUCCAGCUAGUGGUCGACCUGGAUUUGAGAGAGCCUUCGAACUGGAGAUAUCCACGAGCAAUUGCCUCCAGCAAAGCGGCAUGCUUUCUUUGUGAAAUGUUCGUCAAUGGACACGGGAGGUAUUUUGUUCCACAAACGCACGGUAAUUUGACUCCCCACUGGACGAUCCCAGAUCUUGACCAAUUCAGCCCAACUCAACUGAGUCGGUACCAAAACAUUAUUGGCUCGAUGAACCGCGAGCUCCAAAGACUGAUCAAAAUUCCGCACCCACGCCGGCUCGAUGCUGCCAUGAGUUGGCAGGCAUUGUCCCAGCUGAACUUGUUCCCAUACUCGCCACCAUCUGCCAACCACAACAAUCCUCCACUUCCACUCGUACAGACCGUGCCGGCCAUUCUGGGACCCUAUAUCAACAAUGAAGAACAAGCCGAGGGACACCUGUUACCGAGAAAUGCCUUGAUCUCAAAACUAGGUAUAUCCUAUUCGUCUCCGGGCAUUGGGGAGAUUCCUGGACUGCAACACUCACCCGGACGAAGAACACAGAGGCAGGUUCGAUCUUCCAUGAAUCUCGAUUCCGAGCAGCUUCCACCAGCUGCUCGUGUCAUAAGAGAUCAUAAAAGUCGAACCUGCGACAUGCCGUUCGAGCGUGGCAUGCAUGGACGACCACGGGGUCAAUUCAGCACGCCACGUUCGGAUGGCAUGAGCCGAAGAAUCGACUUUCAUGAUAUGGAGCUCUUCCUUGAGAUUGAGUAUCCAGCAGCCGCACAGAUUAUUAUCAUUCAGUGCUCUAGGCCGGACAGACCGGAAUCCCACCGAGUCAUCGAGGUCGACAAGAUCAAGCCCGGAGCGACGCUUGAGGUUGACACAGGGGGGGACUUGGCGCAACCACGAGUCAUGUUCCUUACCAUGAGGGAUGACACGGGAAUAGAACGAUGGUGGGAGUGCCGUUGGAAGAGGAGCGGGCAAGAGUGA